AUGACAUCCUGUUCCACGAGCGCUGGCGCUUGCUGUCUGCGUAAUUCUAUUAGAGCUUUGAGAGCUUCGAAGGGUCUCACGCUCACACGUCCACACUCACGGCACCCGCUUUCUUCAAUUCUAGGCGGAUUUAUCAAGCUUACCUCUCGUCAUUUUUCGACUACGAAUAGCCUCCAAUUCGAACACCCUACGUCUGUCCCUACAGCCAUCCUUAAGGCUUCUAUCCCACCUAUCGUCCCAUCAAUUGCUAUCACCGACGCUCUCCGAAAUGAACAUCCGGACGCUGUCAUAGUAUGCACCCCAGAAGCAACUGGCCUCUCGGACUUGGCGGAGAAUGGCCUGGCUAGUAAGGUUGUUGACCCGUCGUUCCCAGCGUAUGAGGAACUUCAGAGCCAUUAUAAAGACGACCGUAAGAGCAAGGACAAAUUAGAAAGAAAGGCCAACCUGGUUCGGUUCAAUUACACUUGGCAAGGCUAUACUUGGUAUCUCUACGUCGUCCGUUAUCACUUUGGUGGUGAGUACGGCGAGAUCAGUCAUAGCCACUAUAUCGUCGCGCAACCCAUUUCAACUGCGCUAGCCGAGAAACAUGAGCUUGAGAAAAAAGUGGAGAGUCUACUACUCGAAGCGAGCAAUCGCAAGGCAAGCUCUGCUGAUAAAGAGAUUUGGGUCUUCGACAAUUAA